AAUUUGUGUUUCUUAUCAAAGUCACGACGAUUAUGUACUAGACCGUUACACCUAUGUCACGGGGUCAUUUAUCUACAGGACCUUAUCGGAAAAUCCAUUCUGACGCAAAAAGAAAAUGACCAGAUAUGACAUCACCUCCAUGGUGGUUGCAGUGCUGGUCCUCGGCUGUAGCGGUCAGCCCGAGAGUACACCCUACUGUCGCUUUAUUGCCCAGGUGAAAUGCGCGAGUAAGGGGAACAACGCCCUGUGUGGCACGGACGGAACUACGUACCAAAAUGAAUGCUCAUUGCUGAAAGCUCACUGUGGUAGAUCAUCAAUCAAGGUAGCUCAUAGAGGAUCGUGUCCAACGCCCCCUUCCGUCGCCACUGGGAUGGGCGUGGUCGCCAGUUCAGACAUAGCUCUUGACGUGUUCUGUCUGGAUCUUUUCAAACACUCUUGUAACAACGAGCAACGCCAGAACGUGUGUGGAACGGACGGAACAACGUACAUAAAUCUGUGCGAGUUUGAUAAAGGAAGAUGCAUGCACAAGGAACUACGUAUUGUCAAGUUAAGGCCUUGUUGAUAUACUAGUGAAUAAACUCAGCUGUAGUCCUGUU